AUGAAUAGAAAAGAAUUAGAAAUAGAAGAAAAUAGUUUAGUUUUGGUCAAGAGAUGCUUUUUAAAUACAAUUAAGAAUAUAGUAGCACAGGAUCAAUUCAAAUUAUUACCGAAAUAUUCAGGUCCAUUUAAAGUUAUAAAGAGGAAAGAAAAUACAAACAAUUAUAAACCAUUAGUAGAUGAAAUUGAAAAGAUCAUUAAAAGAAGAAUCCGUAAAUAUGGCAAAGGUGAAAGAAUAGAAUAUUUAAUCAGAUAUAAAAAUUCAAAUGAAGAUAAUGAUACAUGGGUACCAAAUUUUUUUUUAGAAGACGAAUGUGAAGAUAUGGUUAAUAGUUUUGAAGCCGAUUACAGAGAUGUUGGUAAAUCAAUUCAAGUUUAA